AUGGGUGACUUGGUGAUUGGUCUAGCAAAGUCAGUGGUGCAGGGGGCGCUGACUAAGGUCCAGUCAGCGAUCGAGGAGGAGACAAAUCUGCCACUGCGCUCGCAUCGAGACCUCGUAUUCAUCAUGGGCGAGUUCGAAAUGAUGCAGUCAUUUCUUAACGUCGCUAACGAGGAGCGUGUCAAAAACAUAGUGGUGAGGACCUGGGUAAGGCAGAUGCGUGAGUUGGCUUACGACCUGGAAGACCUGAUCGCGUUCGUAGUCCACAUGGAAAGAACCAGCUCGUGGUCCAGAGUGUUGCAAUUAUGCAUGGCACUCCCCCCUGGGCCACUGGACAUGGCUGCUGACGAGAUCGAGCAGCUCAAGGCGAGAGUCGAGGACGUGAGCAGGAGGAACUCGCGGUACAGCCUCAUCGGCGACUCUGGCUCCAAGCCUGUCCCCGCGCAGCAACAGCUGACGCCCCGUGCUGCUGUAGGAUACGAUACGAGAAGGCAACACAUCUUAGGGGAUCUCACUCAGCUUAUCACCAAAAAUGACGAUGCCGACCUUCAAGUGAUUUCAGUGUGGGGGGCAGGCGGAGGUAUUGGGACAACAUCCAUCAUCAGACAGUCCUACAGUGAUCCAGAGGUCAGUCAUAAUUUCACAUGUCGAGCCUGGGUCAACCUCACGCAUCCCUUCAAUCCACAUCAGUUUGUCCGGUCCUUGAUGGCUCACUUCUAUGCAAAUAGUUGCCAAGAGCGGCAAGGAGCAAUCAUUGGCAUCGAUGUCCUUACUAGUAUGGAUGUGAGUGCCAAGCAAGGCGAUCUCCUCAGCGAGUUUGUUCAGCUAGUCGACAAGAACAAGUACCUCGUCGUCCUGGAAGACCUUUCCACCAUGGCAGAGUGGGAUUCUAUCAGGACGUUCCUUCCUGACAGAAAAAAUGGCAGCUGGAUCAUCGUGUCCUCGUUGCAAUACGAAAUUGCAAGUUUGUGUGUGGGACAUCCGUACCAAGUAUUCGACCUGAAGCAGUUGCCAGCUGAGCACUCUGUUUGUGCCUUCCUGAGAGAGUAUGACCUGAGCCAUAACCAGUGGAAUGGCCAUCCCUCCUACCAUAGGAUCCCCAACUCUAAAAAGAAAGCAGCCAGGGACUGGAUGCAGAAUUCUCCCCUUAUUGGAUGCAGAUUGAAGAUGAAUCAACUUCGUUACUAUACAGCUCAGGCACAAAUGAACCAUUCCCAAGUUAUGUCUGUUUGGGGAAUGCCCGGCGUUGGAAAAUCAGCUCUUGUCAGAAACUUGUACUAUGACCGGAUACUUGAGAAUCAGCAAUUUCAAGAAUACGGCUGGGUGAGUUUAUCACAAACCCAGCCCUUCAGUUUAAGGGACUUCUCGCGGAACUUGCUUUUGGAUUUUCAGUCAGAAUCACUUCAAGCCAAGGAAACUGCACCCUCUCGUAGUAUGGUGGGGAUGAAAGAUGCCGUUCAAAAGUGUUCUGAGCUUCUGAGUACACGUCGGUGCCUCGUCAUAAUUGAUGGGCUCCAGUCCACACAGGAAUGGGAUUUGAUACAAUCUUCAAUUGUAUCUAGACACUCUAGAUCUCAAACAGUUAUCAUCGUGAUAACAACUGAAGCAAGUGUUGCAACAUAUUGUGGAGAUAAGGAAGACCUUGUGCUUAAUGUCAAAGCUCUAGAAGCUGAUGCAGCCUUUGAUCUAUUAAAAAAUGAGGUAUAUACAAAGGACACCCCAUGCCCCGCUUCAUUGUCUUAUCAUGGAAAUGCAGUGCUACAAGAUCUUAUUUCAAUGUGCGGGGGCCUCCCCUUAAUAAUAGUUGCUAUGGCCAGCAUACUGGCUACAAACGUAGUCGGAUGGAUGGACACUGCAAGUUCCAUCAAUCUCAGGUUUAUGCGUGAGCUAGAGACCAAUCCAGAGUUUGAAAGUCUAUGGGAUCUAUUUACUUGGAUGCAUUCCUCCUUCCGUACGUGUCCGGAUUCUGUGAAGCCAUGCAUGUUCUCUCUAUCAUUUUUUCCUAGAGACCGCAAUAUUCGGCGAAGGCGUCUAGUUAGGCGUUGGAUCGCAGAGGGCUACUCCAGGGAUAGUGAUGAUAAAUCUGCUGAAGAGAAUGGGGAAGAGUUCUUUUUCAUUCUCCUCAAUCUGAGCAUAAUCCAACAGCCACCACAGUCAGACACCACAGCAUUCAGUGACGUAAGGAUGGUGUUAUGCCAAGUCAAUGGAUUUUUGCGCGAGUGUAUCCUCUCAUGGGGAAUGGAGGAUAACCUUGUCUUUGAACUGACCGGCACUUGCAGUCUAACCACUCAACGCAGUGGACGUCAUCUUGUCAUAUCAGACAGCUGGGACAGGGAUAAGGUGGUCUUCGAGAGCAUCGAUUUCUCACGGCUACGGUCAAUGACAGUUUUUGGAUAUUGGAAAUCAUUCUUCGUCUCUGAAAGUAUGAAGCUUCUACGGGUUUUGGAUCUGGAGGAUGCAGCAGGAGUCACAGAUGACGAUGUCGAGCAGAUGGUGAAGCUGCUGCGUCGCCUCAUGUUCCUCUCUCUACGAGGAUGCCAUGGGAUAUUCCGUCUACCUCCUUCACUAGGUCAUCUGAAGCAGCUUCAGACUUUGGAUGUGACAAACACCUCCAUAAUCAUUCUGCCAGCAUCUAUCGCCAGACUACAAAAGCUGCAGUACAUCCGUGGCGGUAUCACUGCCGUCGCAGCAGAGGAUCCAUCAGCAGCACAUACUUCUAUAUCCUGGUUGUCCAAGUUCCACCGGGGUCGCCAUGCUCAUACUGGUGUUUUGGUGCCCAGAGGGAUCGAGAAACUGACGGCGUUGCACACGCUUGGUGUUGUCAAUAUCAGCGCGUCACACGGGGAGGAGCUAAAGAAACUCACCCAGUUGCGCAAGUUGGGAGUGUGCGGCAUCAACAGAAAAAACAGUAAGGCGUUUUCCUCUGCAAUAUCGAGUCAAUACCAUUUGGGAUCCUUGUCAGUGUGGUUCGACAAAGAAAGCCAAGGUUGCUUGGAUGACAGCGACCUGUGUUUAGUGGGCUUACAAAGUCUCAAACUGUAUGGGCUCAUCGACAGGUUGCCAGGUUUACAGGUCAACAACCUUAGCAAGCUCGCAAAGUUGCAUUUGGAGAUGGCCACAUUAAGGCAUGAGGUCCUAGAGUUUCUUGGCAAGCUUCCAAAACUAUGCAUUCUACGCCUUCGUGUGGAGGGCCUUGAAGAUGGCCUGCUCCAUUUUCAUGUCUUCACUGAUGGACUUGAGGAGUCCUCUUAUCAGAAGCUCAGGGUCCUUAAUAUUGCCUGCAGAUCCAGCUUACAUGUGACUUUUGCAUCAGAAACAAUGAAAAAACUUGAGCUGCUGAAAGUUGACUGCUGCAGUGGGUCGUCAUAUCAGCUUUCUGGCCUGGAUCAUCUAUCUGAACUCAGGGAAGUCUGUCUGAACGGCUCCUACGAGGAAACACUGAAGCAUUUCCUGCAGGUCCAGCUUGCAGACCAUCCAAGGAAACCUGAGUUGAAGCUGGAGGAGCAAAUGCCACGUUGGUCGACCUGA